UAGAUAAAUUGUACGCCCCACAAAUCCAAUCGGAAACCUAUUUUCCCGAGGAAGUAGAUAGAUGGAGAGGAGGGAUGCAGCGAAGUAGCAGCAGCUGUCGCAGCAAAGCUGAUUCAGGACAAAACCCUAACCCUAAACCUAAAUGCCAUAUUCAGCAGAGACGAGGUCGAAGCGAAGAGUGAGUUGCCCUGAGGUCAACUGGUUCAACGACCAAGCUCCAUUCAGCCAUGUGGUUUUCAAGAUGCAACUCCAAUCUCUUUCACCUGAAAACGACAUCGUUCCACGCAAAUCCCUAACCAUCACCACAGACCCGUUUUCUCUUCUCUCGGACCAACUCCUCCUCCACAUCCUCUCUAAGCUUCCAUACUCUCACCACACCACUACUUCUUUGGUCUGCAAACGAUGGAUGCAUCUCCAUGGCCGGUUGGUACAGUCGGUGAAACUUGUCGAUUGGGAUUUUCUCGAGUCCGGCCGGCUUAUUCGCCGAUUCCCCAAUCUCACUGAUAUCGACCUUGUUCGCGCUUGUGUUCGGUUGCCGAACAAUUCUGCAAUUUGGUUAAGCCAUAAAUUUCUUUCCAUCCAACUCGAUUCACGUUUUCUGAGUGACGGUUUUGUCUCUGGAGAUGAUUUGUUGCCGCCUGAUGUGAUCGAUGAGGGGCUCAGAAUUGUCGCCGAGGGUUGCCCUAAUUUGAGGAAACUUGUUCUGAUUGGUGCGAGCGAGAAAGGGUUGUCGAGCGUGGCUACGGAGUGCUUGACAUUACAGGAAUUGGAGCUUCAUUAUUGUACUGAUUUAUCGCUGAGGGGUAUUUCGGGUUGUCAGAACCUACAAAUCUUGAAAUUGAUUGGUUCUGUUCGUGAGUUAUAUAAUUCUGUAAUUUCGGAUAUUGGGUUAACAAUUUUGGCGCAGGGGUGUAGGAGAUUAGUCAAGCUUGAGUUGUGUGGGUGUGAAGGGAGCUAUGAUGGGAUCAAAGCAAUCGGGCAGUGUUGCCAAAUGCUAGAGGAAUUAACACUAUGUGAUCAUAGGAUGGAUGGUGGGUGGUUGUCAGCGUUGUCAUUUUGUGGGAAUUUGAAGACUUUGAAGCUUCAGUCAUGUAAGAGUAUUGAUGCGAGUCCAGGAUCAGAUCAACAUUUGGGUUCUUGUCCUACACUUGAGACGUUGCACUUGCAGUGGUGCCAAAUGCGGGAUAAACAGAGCACAAGAGCUUUGUUUUUAGUGUGUGAGGCUGUUAGGGAGAUUGUUUUACAGGAUUGUUGGGGAUUGGAGGAUGAAACAUUUGGCAGUGCGACUAUUUGUAGGAGGUUAAAAUCUCUCUCUUUGGAAGGAUGCUCUUUGCUGACUGUGGAAGGUUUAGAUUCAGUGGUUCAUUCUUGGAAGGAACUUCAAAGGCUUAGAGUAGUAUCAUGUAACAAUAUAAAGGAUAGCGAAGUAACUCCUGCACUUGCCACCUUGUUUUCUGUUCUGAAAGAGUUGAAAUGGCGACCAGAUUCCAGAUCUCUUCUGUCAUCAAGCCUGGGAGAGACCGGAAUGGGAAAGAAAGGUGGUAAAUUUUUCAAGAGGGCAUGAGGUUGAACUUUCAGCUUGAUGCCAAGAAUCUAAGCUCCUGUUUAACAAUGAUGAUUCUGUUGGCUGCAAAAAGGUCUUAGCAAUACCUACAUUGCCUUACUCCAUAGAUACAUGCUGUAAUUAUUCUCUUUUUUAAUGGUUUACAUAGUUGAUAAUAGAGGAUGCUUCACGUUUUCUUUGGCUACAGAAAUACUGCCAAUUGGAUCUAAUCGUGUUAAGCAUUUCAUUCCUCAGUCACCCCUUGAUGUAGGGGUAACCUGUUCCUCGAAAUUUUAGAUUAUCCACCUAAAAUUACUAUGUGGGUAUAUAUUAAUGCUGGAACUGUUUCCUUGCAUUUAAUGGGGUUAGAUAUGCUAAUUCAUUUAUAUUGAGUAGUUGUGCUGAAUGAAUAGGAGUUAUCAAGGGAAAAUUGUACUUCUGCAUGUUGUUGUUGUUACUUAUUUCUGUAAUUUAUCUUAUAUCCUUUUUGUUCACUUUAUGGAUAGUUAGCUGGACACAGAAUCAAGUUGGGUCAGUGUUGCAUUUACUACUGAGCUAUCUGCAAUUUGAGGAUUGAAAAUCAAUUGUGCCUCCAUGCAACUUUCAUUACACCAGUUUGAAUUUCUUUUGUUGCUUUAUUUGUCUAGUUUCCUUGGAUUGUGUUGAGCAUCGAUUUGGCUCUGGUGAUGAUCACUGGCCCUCCCAGGUAGGAAGAUAGAUGUUUAAGUCCUACAUAUAUAAAAAAAAAAAAGGUGUGUGUGUGUGUGAGAGAGAGAGAGAGAUAGAGAACAAUAUUAGAUCUUGUCAAGCUCCUUUGAGUUAGAAACAAGGUAGCUCUAUUGUUGAGUUGUCAAUAUAUUUUAUUGAAUAUGUCAAUCUCUUAAGAAAGAAAAAUAAUGUCUGUUUAUUAAAGACUCCCUGCUUUUUGCUCCUUGGUUCUUUUCUCUUGUAGUAAUCUUUAGUCUGUGUUAAAAGAAAUCAUGAAGGAAAAUUUUAUCAUUAUAACUGAUGACCUUGAAUAUCCCAAGAAAAUUUUUUUUUUUCUUGUUGCAGAUUAAGUUGAUCAUGCAACAUCAGUAAAAGUGCAUUUCUGACAAGGAAGAUAGUGUUACUGUUUUGUGUGAGAGAGUACAUUUUGCUGGGCUAGCAAGUCUUACCCCAGCUACCAACAUAUGAUGCUGUGAAUUUUCAGAGAGAUUUGGAUCUUAUUUUCUAUAGCUGCUCACUCCUUUUAUAAUCUGAUUUUCACUUCUU